GAGGCACUUUCUCCCUCCUAUCAGCGCCAUUGUGUGACACAAUCUCCAGCAGUGAGGACGCCUUGUUUUUUCUCCCCUUGUCGAGUGGACUCUUUAAAUACCCCCAUGUUUCUCUUCCAAACUCCGGCGGACCUGAACCCGAUGGCCCGUCAGAGCGUCCCAGCCGGCCAGCCUCACGCCGGUGUUCGUCUCCUCUGGGAAGACGCACACGCCUGCUUGGGCUCGAACCUCCGCUCCUUAGCGGAACCGAGUCUGCCAGCGGCGGACCUUGCGAGCCUGUGAUUUAUGUUCAGUAAAGGUGCCAAGCGAAAACUGGAUGAGGAUGAAGAGGUGCUGGAAGGCAAAACGCUGGAGGCAUCGGUGGCGGGAGGAGGAUUCGGCCUGGGCCACGAGGGCUUGUCUAAGGUGUCGUACACCCUUCAGAGGCAGACCAUCUUUAACAUCUCCCUCAUGAAGCUGUACAGCCAGCGGCCACUGAGCGAGCCCAGCCUGGAACGUCGCGUCCUCAUUAACAACAUGCUGCGGCGCAUCCAGGAUGAACUGAAACAGGAAGGCUCCUUGCGGCCGUUGCUUCUGCCGCCUUCGCCGCCACCCGACGACCCGAUGGACGAGGGCUUCCGCGAGGCACCGCCCUCGUUUGGAGUUCUGUCAGCUGCGGUGACGGCCCAGGUAUCCCCGCCUUCUGCUCUGCUCAUGCCAGUGAUCAUUCCUCCGCUUUCGCCACAUCCGCUGGUGCCUCCCACCUGCCCUCCCCCGCUGGAUGCCUGCCUCACUCCGGCUUCUUUGCUGGAGGACGACGGCGCAGAUUCCUCCUUUUGCGCUUCAUCGCCGCCCACGCCUCCUCUCUCGCCACCCCCGUUACAAAGUCAGACGUCCGCCACUGUCUCUUCGCCUGCCUCGUCCAGUGACGUGAGUGGCAUGGAUUUACAUCCUCCUACAGCCAUAACUAGGACAGCAGCAGCAAAUUCCAUGACAGUAACUACCUCCCUUGCUCCCACAACACUCACCCAGCCCCCCCACUUAGCGGCCUUGUCCCCUGCACCCGUAGCCCCAGCAAAAGACUGCAUGACCUCGGGCUGUAAAAGUGAAGCAGCUUGCGUCUUGCUAGCGGAAGGCUGCUGUGCCGAGCUUCGACCGACAGCAGUGCCCCCUGUUGCCUCGGUGGACAUUUACCCCUCUCAUCCCACCCCUUCCACGCCCUCUGGGUUUCUCACAGACCUGGCGCUGGACGACGUCCUGUUCGCCGAUAUAGACACGUCCAUGUACGAUUUCGAUCCCUGCAUGACGGCGGGGGCGGUCGGCGUGACGGCCGGCGUCGGCCUCGCCAAAAUGUCACCGGUCGUGACGGCGGAUGACCUCCUCAAAUCUCUCGGGUCUCCGUACAGUGGCCCCACCCCCCAAGUUUCAGCCAAUCAGCCUUUCAAAAUUGAUCUGACAGAACUUGAUCACAUCAUGGAAGUGUUGGUUGGUUCAUGACAAGCAGGUGCCCCCACCUUUUAAAACAGACACUUCAAUCCAAACAGGAGACUGAAAUCAAUAUUUUCGACAGAUCUGGGAUUUGUUUUUCUGCUUGUUGUUCUUCAUUUUGUGUUUUUCAAAUUUGCAAUUGUAAUUUUCAGUCGUCAUAUUUAUUAUGACAACUGUUACUACUACUACUACUACUUCUUCAACACUGUGCAUGGACUGUCCUCACCUUUCCAAACACAGAAAUGAAAUUUUUGGGAAGCAAAGAUACAAAUCAGUUUACAUUUCUUUACUGGUGAGGACCGCCACAAAUUAAUUUCCUAAUAUGAACAUACGUAAUCCUAGUUGUAAUCUGUAACAUUGACCUAAGCCAUAGCCUUCAACGUGUCGCAGAUUUUUUUUAUUAUUAUUAUUAUUAUUAUUUCCUUUUUUUUACAUCUAAUCCGAGGCGGAUCCUUACUGGUACAAAAAUUUAUGUGAGUGUGUAUGGAUAGAAAUAUGGAGACACACACACACAUGCAGUCAAAGAGGGAAAAAAAGAGCCAGCCUCGCAUUUUGCUUGUGUGGAUGAGUCUAAAUGUCCACAUGUGUGCACAUGUCCAGACAGUAAAGCUGGGAUGUUAUGGGAUUUGCCACAAAACUAUAGAAGGACAAGAGCUCACGCACACACACACACACACACACACACACACUGAAUGUGUCUUUUAGCAGAUGAGUGCCUUCCAAAAAAUGACCACUUAUUCAAUUCUUGUUUUUUUUUUUUUGUUUCUUCCAAGUUGUUCCUGCAUAAUAUUUUUUUAACUUAUUCAAUUUACUGUUCAGUCAGUGAGGGAUUGCCUCCCGAUCAAAUAAUAAUAAUUUAAUUGUCUUUUAUUACAUAUGCUUUCGUGUUUAAAAUGCAAGUCAGCUCCAUAUUUGCUCGAUGAUGUAACCAUUCUUCGGUUAUAUUUCGGACACUCUUCAGAGCGGUCAUGUGAUGAUGAUCUCUGUUCAGGUCUGGCUUUACCAACUUGCUGGUGCAAACUGGUGCAGGAUUCUCUUUUAUACAGGCUUUUUUUUAUAUGGUGGGCUUUGCAGCAGAAUUCUGAUCAGCUAUAUUGUAGGGUUGUUGUUUACAUUAGAAACAGUUGCGGUAUCUUGUGCUCCGGUCAGGUGGGGAAGAGCUCUAAAGUCCAAACCAAAACAGAGACAUGCACAAGAACUGUAAACAAAUCAGCUAUCACAUAUUGCACACAAAGCCAUUGUGGCACUAUUGUGAUUCAAUGAUUUGCUUAAAAUUGUACGAAGACUAACACAUAAGUGUAUUUCUAGAUAAGUGUUUCUUUUGUUUGUUUUUACAAGCGAUUUGGUAUCUUGAGUGACAGACAAAUUACAGCACAGCGUACAGUAUUACACAGUCUAUUUGCACAAACUGUUGUUUUCAGAAUAGAAGCCCAUAUUCACAAAAUCUCAGGGUUUUAUUGUGGAGCACCAUUUUGAGGUUCACCCCAAACACCCUGGAUGUUUAAAAACAUAUACACAAUUCCUGGAGGGCUAUAUCUGACCAGUAAUCAUUUUCAAGGGAUGUUAGAAAGUUAAGACUCAAGACCUAGUUGGUGUGCAAUCCUGGACAUAAAGCAUUAGUUUUGUCUCACAAAAAACUUGUAUGAUUACAACUUUGCCAAUGUCAGUGUCACAUAUUGAAUACGGUAAUUGCCUGUUUAUCAUAAGUGUGUAGCAAAACAAUCUAUGAAAUUUAGUAAGGCACUUAGGCUGGGUUCAUAACGGUACUUUUGUAUAUUGUCUGGUUCGCCGAGCAUUCAUAUUGGUAUAUUUAUCAUCUGAUCAAAAGUUGGCCAGUCAAAAGUGUAUGCAUGAAGUCACAACUGCAUUUACUUUAGUUUUAUGUGACUAAACUCCAAUUUUCCAAACAAAAUGGCUACCGAGACCACCUUUUCAAGCGGGGUUCGUCUGCUUGAUUAGGCGCACAACAGGGACGGAUGACGCGUGUUCACACUUGACCAAAUGAAGCGCACAACUGGAGCAAUUGCACGAGAGUUCGUUUUAACCAGCCCAAACUGAAAGUUUGUAUACAGCCUUAGUCAACGCUCUCUUCACCCGGGGAAAGUCCUCCCUUCACAUAAUACGAGUCAAUGAAAAACAUUUAAAACAGUUCCCUUUAAUAAAAGGCCUCUGAUAUUCGGACACUAGAAAUUACACAAAGAAUAAAGAAUUACUGCACACACAACACUCUUUUAAAAAAAUAAAUAAAAAAAAUAGGCAGCUACCAAGAUUUACUUGUUUAAUUUCACAUUUGAUGGGUGGUAAGGCACACCAGAGACCUAUUUGUAUACAAACAAUCCAUUUUCCAUAGGUCCGCUUCAAGCUCAAUAUACAGUAUACUAUCAUCCCAACAUAGAACUCGCAAUUUCCACAAUGCAUCCAUUUGUCUUCUUUUUCUCAUCUCUGCUCAGUACUUAAAGAAGUAUUUGCCUGUAGUUUCCCCAGUGAGCCUCCAACCAGCUGACGUUUUGAGCGUUCUGUGGCAGCAUCCAAGGUUGUUUGCCAGAAGAGAAUGAAUGCCUGAAGGUGCGCAACACUGAAUUUCCCUUGUGCAAAACAGCAAAGUAGACAUUCAACAUCAUUAUUAUUUGCAGGAGUAUUGCUAUAAACACAUGGAUAAGUUCCGCUUUAAUAUUAUUAAACACCCAAGCAUGGUUGAUACUGAUAGACAGUAUGAAAAUGGAAAAUGCUAAUUAGCUUUUAGCUAACUCUGGUCCAAUUUCUUUUAAUUGUGCAUUGCCCUGCAAAAGUAAAUUAUUGUUAUUUUUUUUUUAAAGAAAUCAAGGCAAUCAAGGGAGCUGCCAACAGCAGCUAUUGUGUUCAUGGGGUUGUAGUGGCUGCUGAGACACUGUGCUCAUCUUACUGUGUUAGCCAAAAGCGACAGGUGUUCAAUUGGCGCAGCAGGACUUUGCCAGUCCGUCUUUGACCUCCUGCAGCAUGUAAACCAUCAGCACCACUUCUCGUUUUUAUAGACAACUGCAGGUUUCUGUCCCUAUUUUUGGGUGUUUUUUUUUUUUCCUCUGUCAAUGAAGUUAUUUAUUCUUGGGUUUUUUUUCCUGCUCUUUGUAAAUAUAUUUAUUUUAAUUUGAAGUGAACCUUUGUAUUGUAAAUAGUGUGUACAAAAAGUGUAGUUGGAAUGUACUCUGCUUCAGAUAAGAAUGUAUCUGUGUGGAAUUAGAGUGGAAUUGCUUUUGUA